GUUGUACCCAGUUCGCGUCUGUACUAAACAAACGUCCAUCUUGCCCUCGACCAUCGUCACCUGUGCCUCCAGUUCGAUCCGCCUUCGCACACGCCCUGCCCGCCUCCCCAGCAUCUCCAAGAUGAGCAAACAGCUGGAGCUGGCGCUGCUGUCGCUGAUGCCCGCGCACGGCUCAGAGCUUCCCCCGUCGCUCGUCGAGCUCGCCGGCUCCCUGCUCGCGCAGUCCCGCAACAGAGCCAGCACCCUCAAGGCCGAAGAAGAAGUUGGUCGUCACUAUGCCUGCGCAAACAUUGCGUGCGAUCGCCUCAAGAUAACCCUCAACCUCCCCCCCAUCGAGCCUCGACCGCCCAUCCCUCCGCGCAUCUACAAGCGGCUCUACACGCACCUGGACAACAUCUUGCCCAACACGUCUGGAACACCGCGGUCUUCACGCCUGCGCACUCCUAGCUCCAAGAAACGCGAGCUGGGUGCCUCGCCCGCGUCCAGCGCCCGUCAGCUGCCGUCGAGAGGCACCCCAAGUAAAGAGUCGAGCCUGGCCCAGUUCCGGCAGCCCUCACAAGCCGGCCAGGUGACGCCCUCCAAGUCGACCGUCCGCGGAGACGCAGCCGCCCUCAAGGACGGUCUGCACCCGUGGAUCCGCCCUACUAUUCGCUACAUGUGUGCCGAGAUGGAGAAUCGAAGGCUGGCCCCGACCGUGUUAGCCGGCGUCGAGUCCAUCGUCGCGCCCGCUGGACGGAGGACAGACGACCCGUGGGUGAGCAAGCACAUCGCCGACUUGGCUGCGGCCAUCUACUUCUUCGUCAUCAUGCGUGUCCGAGCCAUGACUUCGGGGGACGCCAUCGACCGCGAGGGCUACGUCCCACUGCGCAAAGAGAUUCUCGGCUUGCUAGCUCAGGCACGCCACCAUGUCACCAUCAAGGAUGUAAACGAGAGCGAGGCAUGGGAUGGUUGGAGAGCCGUCAAGUCGAAGGAGUUUGAUACCGCGGUGGCGCACGUCAACGACACGGAUUGGCUCGCCGGCGACUGGUACAAGGGCCUCGUCGAUGUGGUCGACUCGACACGGGAGGACGACACGGGCACAGCUGGCGAGGUUGACCAUGACGAUUCGGAGGCUCAGCUACCUGCACGGCGCGCGGAUACGAUGCUGCAGGAAAAGUACGACUUCCUGAGCGAGUCACGAUUGUCCGACUACGCCGCGUGGAAGGACCAGAUCCUGGCAAGGAUUGGACAGGCCAUGACAGCCGGCGGCGCCAUGGACAUCGAUUCCUGACGGGUGACGCCAACACGAACGGUGCACAACUGACUGCAUGUACGAUGGGCGUGAUCAAUUUUUUCGUUUUCGCUCCCGAGUCCUCAGCUGGUCCCCGACUAUUGAGCCGUCGGGUUGCACUACUUCCAGAGCCAGCCCCGGAAUACCAGCCUCAAGGUGCUAUUUACAGAAGGCAAGGGCACAGAUACAGGCUGACACGCUCAAAUGUUGCAGAACUGAGGGUCGGGCAGGUCCUCGCCACCGCCCGGGUGCCAGUGGGCUGCGGGCGUGCGGCACUCGUUGUAGUCGGCGUCGGGGUCGAUGCCGAUGGAGAGGAAGAGGAGCAGCCCGUCCUGGGCCUUGCUGCCCAGGUAGACGUGCUUGACGAAGGGGUCGUACUGGGGCGUGGCCUGGUCGCUGGCGAAAGAGUCCUGGAGGUUGGUGGUGCGGCGGGCCGGGUUGCGCCUGUAGGGCUCGGUGGCCUCGACGGCCUUGAUGACGGACUCGUCGAAGUAGGUCUGGCCGAUGUGGCGGACGGUGCCGCCCUCAAAGGUGCCGUUGGGCAGGACGCGGGCGUGGUCGGUGGACAUGACGUGGAUGUGGGUGGCGCGGCCUGCGUAGUGGCCUGGGAAGAUGGUGUCGAACUGGACGACGCCGUCCGAGUCCGUCUUUUGCACGCCGCGGCCGUAGGUGGUGUCGAGGCCGCCCUGGCCGGGGGCGGAGACGCCCGAGUAGACGCCGAGGGCGUUGCAGUGCCAGAUGUCGACGAGCAGGUCGGGCACGGGCUUGCAGGUGCGGAUGUUGAUGAACUGGUAGUCGACGUGGGCGCGCACGCCCUUUUGCCCGUCGGUGAUGUCGGAGCGGAUGAGCUCGCCCUCGACGUAGUAGGGCCCGAUGAUGGUCUCGGGCACCAGGGCGCACGUCGUGUUGGACGAGAAGAGCGUCUUGGCCGGCGUCUGGAGGUUGUAGCCCUUGUACGACAGGUCAUGCGAGAGCUUGUUGUAGUGCUGGAACCACUGCCUGUCGCGCUUGUCUGGAGAAAAGGCGACAAGUUGUGUGUGUGAAGAAAAGGGGAAAGAAGGAGCAGAACAAGAAGAACGAUCAAACAACGAGUUCAUCAAGAGACAAAGAAGAAGAGGAAGAUCACGACAAAUAGGAGAAGAAGAAGAAGAAAAAGGACAACAACAAGAAAAGACGUG